AUGGCCAGAGCCCAGCUCACCCGGUCCAGGUCCACCGCGCUCGAUUCUUACGUCGCAGAGCUCGGAAACGACAUCUCAUAUGACAAGAGUCUAUCAUCUUCGCGAUUCCUCAAGACAAUCCUAGCAAGACACAAGUAUGGUCCUAUCGUCCUCAAGAUAUUCAUCAAGCCAGAUUCUGCAAUGUCUUUGCGGGUCAUUCAACGGCGGCUUAAGACCGAACGGGAUGCCUUGACAAGUCUUCCAAACGUCAACACGUACCAGACAUUCGUCGAGACAGAGAAAGCCGGUUAUCUGAUACGCCAAUGGAUCGGCUCCAACCUCUAUGACAGAGUCAGCCAGCAACCGUAUCUCGCCGGUAUAGAAAAGAAGUGGAUAGCAUUUCAGCUGCUUACUGCUCUGAGAGAUGCUCGUAAUCGCAAGGCAAGUGCAUUGCGUCCUAGCGUCGCCCAUGGUGACGUGAAAUCAGAAAACAUACUCCUUACUACCUCCCUCACUGUCCUCUUGACCGACUUCUCUGCUUCUUUCAAACCCACCUUCCUGCCCCUCGACGACCCUUCCGACUUUUCCUUCUUCUUCGACACAUCAGGCCGGCGAACGUGCUAUAUCGCCCCGGAGCGAUUUUAUACUUCAACCUCUCGAGUCGCAGAUAAGAAGAGAGCGAGCGAAGCGGACGCUAAAGGCGAUGUGUUUGGGAAGAGAGAUGGAAGGGUCACGGAAGAGAUGGAUGUCUUCAGCGCUGGAUGUGUAUUGGCGGAGAUGUGGACAGACGGACGCACCGUUUUCAAUCUAAGCGAGCUGUAUGCGUACAAGGACGGGAGCCUUGGGCUUGAGGGAAUUCUGGAUCACAUCGAAGAUGGACCUGUUAGGGACAUGAUCUCCCAAAUGCUGGCAAGAGAUCCACCAAAACGACCAUCAUUCGAUCUCAUACUAUCGACAUUCCGCGAGAUCAUAUUUCCCGAAUACUUUUACACCUUCUUGGAAGAUUACUUCAACACACUCAAUGAGGUAGCAGAAGCGAGCAGUGUUGGAGCGCAUGCCGAUGUCGGAUUCCCGCAGCGAUCGGCAGGGCAGAGUGGAACCAAGGUAGAUAAGAUUUGGGAUGAGUGGGAGAGUAUCUCUACAUACCUGGGCGCAGGCCCUUCAGACAAUGGCCCUGCCCUUCUCAUUCUGAACAUGAUAACUUCUUCCGUCCGCCAUUGCCUCUUUCCGUCGUCGCGCCUCCACGCCCUCAAGCUAUUCGUCAACCUUCUCCCAUUCCUCCUUGACGAAGACAAAGUCGACCGAGUCAUCCCUUACAUCGUCGAGCUGCUUUCAGAUGACAUUGCGGUUGUACGCGCUGAAGCGUGUCAAACACUUGUCGAGGUUGUGGAUAACGUCGAGACCAUCACCCCACAAAAUGCCACUUUUAUCCCAGAGUAUUUGCUGCCGCAGAUGCGACAUCUGGCGACCGACAAUGACACAUUCGUGCGUGCCAGCUAUGCCACUGGUUUGGUCAAGCUUGCAAAUGCUGCGGUCAACAUGUUGGAGAUGAGCCAGGCAGCCAAAGGAAGUGUUUCGGCUCAUGGUACAGAAGCUUCGGUUAUCCCUGACUAUGACUCGAUGCUUCUAGAAAUACAAUCAGUGGUAGAAGAGCAAGCCACAACUCUCCUAGUGGACCCCAGCCCCUACGUCAAGCGAGCGAUGCUCUCUUCGAUAUCGGACUUGUGUCUGUUCUUUGGACGGCAAAAGUCGAACGAAACAGUGCUCAGCCACAUCAUGACAUAUCUCAACGACAAGGACUGGAUGCUGAGGCUGGCAUUUUUCGACGGGAUCGUAGGUGUUGGGGCGUUCAUCGGGCUGAGGGCGGUUGAGGAGUAUGUCCUGCCUUUGAUGUUCCAGGCUCUUGCAGACCCGGAAGAGGCAGUGGUAGCCAGGGUUUUAUACUCUAUGGCGAGCCUCGCCUCGUUGGGAUUGCUGGCUCGGAUGAGACUGUGGGAUGUCUUCUUCGCCGUGAAGGGGUUCCUCUUCCACCCAAACACCUGGAUACGGCAAGGCGCAGUCGAUUUCAUAGCUACAGCGUCCCGAAACCUUCCCAUUUCGGACGUCUGGUGUGUGCUAUAUCCCAAUGUUCGCCCGAUGCUUCACUCAGACAUAUCGGAUAUGACUGAAGCUUCCAUCGUUUCUGCUCUGUUGCCUCCGCUACCACGCGGAACUUUGACGGCAGCAAAGGCAGCGGCACUUCAAAACACGCCGGCGGGCUUCUGGCAGGUGACACCGGUGACCUUGUCAACCAAAGUCGACUUGAUGAAGUCUGCGCAGAAGCCCAGUCAGAAGCAGGGUAAGCUCCAGGACAGAGGCAUUUCUGCUACAGACGAGGUCAAGAUUGAGGCUAUGAAGGAGUUUAUCGUCAAGCAAGCGUACGCGGCGAGAGCUCGCGAGGGAGCAGAUCGACCCACAGUCCCCGAGGUUGACCUGGCUUCAGCGAAAUCCGUCUCGUUGACCGAUCUCGGUGUCACUCCUCAGACAGUGUUCAUUAGCCCCCGUACAGUCGGAGUUGACUCUAGGGAUGAUCUUAGACGACUGCCUUCACAGACGGGUAUUGCUGGAAGCCGCCGCACCUCAUUUGCCAGUAAAAGCAAUCGGGGACCCGUCGAGAAUCCUCUCGAGGAAAUCAGAAAGAAGUUGGCGGCUUUGGAACCGAUAUCUCGUCCAGAGACUCCUCAGCCCCCCGGAGAGCCUCCUCAUUCGUAUGUCGACUCCAACGCGAGCCCUUCUGAAUCCGGACUAUCCUCAACGCUAGAUAUUGCUGGGAUGACACGCAACAGCAAGCGGAAGGUAGACUCAAAAGCGGCCCCAGCUAUCGGCGCCUCACGCACCAAUGCGGUUGGUAUGACUACCAUACAUGAUGAUCCCAUGUCGGGCCGGACAACGCCCAAUGCUGCUGCCAUGCCGCAGCUGGGUACUGGCGGAGCUAGUACCCCCAAAGCGACCGCCCCUUACGCGAGCUCGUACGAAGGGCAUGAUCCUGGAGUACGGGCAUUCCUCGAGCAGAUUGAUCUCGACAAUUAUCGGGAACCGCUACUCGACUUUGGUCCCAAAGUCACUGCCAGCCACAAGAAGCGCAGUGCUCGGGUAAAGUCGAGCUCUUCCUCGCCGCAAGGUGUCACCAUGAUUGCUCACUUGACGCAUCACGAGCAAGCCAUCACCUCCAUUGUCACUUCGCCCGAUAGUGUAUUCUUUGCUACUUCCUCUGAGGACUGCCAGAUCCUGAUAUGGGAUACAGCUCGGCUGGAGAGAAGCGUUACCACCAAGCCCCGACAAGUCUACAGAAUGGAUGCCCCUAUCUCGACGAUGUGCAGAAUCGAAAACACCCACUGUCUGGCGGCGGCCAGUGAAGACGGCCAGCUACAUGUACUCCGAGUACAUGUCUCGGGAGGUAGCGGGGGAGCCAAUGCGAGGUACGAGAAAGUGGAGCGCAUCAGGUCUUGGAGAGCGCAAGAAAGUCAGGGGCAUGUCAAACACGUAUCCUAUCUCAGCGGUGAGCUGCAUUUGCUUUUCGACUCGAUAAUAACUGACGCAACUACAGACUCUUCACUGCUCCUGAUCACCUCAACCUUCCUGAUUGCCAUCUUGGACAUCAGGAGCAUGUCUAUCAGCAAAAGCUAUCAACACCCUCUUGAUCUGGGCAUCAUAACCGCCGUCUGUCCCGCUACUCACUGGCUGGUCCUCGGUACCUCGACUGGCGUUCUUAGUCUCUGGGAUCUGCGUUUCGGUUUGCUCAUCAAGUCCUGGGCCGCCGGAGGUGCGGUGACGGCCUGUAAGAUCCACCCAGCCAGAGGCCGUGAUCGGUGGAUCAUGGUCUCUGUUGCCCCAUCGACUUCGUUCAUGCCGUCACCGUCCGCAGACGCAGACAGGCCCGAUGAAGCUGUCUCUAGGCCACUAGUAGAGGUCUACGAUCUUGAAACGUCUCGCCUGGUCGAAGUUUACGAAGUUCGAAGUCGCCGCCCUGGCAAAAAUUUUGAUCCUGCCCCGGAUCCUCAAGAGGUGACACCCGAUAGGGCAUCCCUCAUCGCCGAGCUCGCCAAAUCUCCACCCUCCUUACCCUCACCCAAGACAGUCGACGACUUUGACGCUUCGACGCCUCUUCCCGCCUCUCCUCGCACCAUCUCAGACCUCAUUGUUGGGCAGAGCUGGGCCAGCCUGCCCAAAGCAGAAGAUAACAUGUUGAUGUCUGUGCCCGAGAUUGGUGCUGCGGGCAAGGAGAGAGACUUGUCCGGGAGACAGGGAUGGAUGAUCAGUGCAGGAGAGGAUAGGGCGGUGAGGUAUUGGGAUUUGGUAAAGGUGCAAGGUGGCUUUGUUGUCUGUGGGUCACAGAAAGAGAAGGAUGUGACAUUCAGACAAACAGCGGACGCUGCACGGCCGACCAUGUUCUACACUCUGCCCAACGUCCACCGCCAAGGACAGCCCAUCCCGCGGGAUAAGGAGAAGCAAGUGCUCAGACCCCAUUACGAUGCUAUCGCCAAGCUGGGCACUCUAGAGACGCCGUUCUCCAGCUGUGUGAUUAGCGGGGACAGGAGCGGAGUGGUCAAGGUGUGGCGGAUGGAAGGGGCGCCUACAGGAUUGCGAUAA